AAAUAAACUUUAUUAGCUGGUGGGGCCACACCGGCCUUUUAACAAAAAAUUUGGGCCUAAAUGGUUAAAUCUAUCCAGUAUUUUUUAUCUUCUAAAUUUUUUAUUUUCCACUUUCUUUUCACACCAACAUUUCAUUUUUUUUUUUUUUUGAUAAAUAAACAUUUCACUUUACAAUUACUACAAUAACCAUUUAUGAAAACUGGAAAGGGCAAAGAGCUUUCCCAUCAACAAUUGAAAAGGAGAAAGAAGAAGAGAAAAGGUGAGAAUGAGAAUCAAACUAAGCUUCCAAUGCACUUUUACAUAGGCAAAACCUGUGGGAAAAGAAAGCCGAAAUACAGACAGAAAGGAAAGAAUGUUUUAGACCACCUUAAGGAUCAAACAAGGCCUUGCAUGCAAAGCACUACUCAACCUUGAGAAUUGGCACCAUCAAAGGACCCUCCAAAUAAAUAGGUGUCCAUGUUCAUCAAAUCAUUCAAAGAAAUAAGUUUGAGAAUUAGCAGCAGUGUACAAGAGAAUGGAGAGUUUGAUUCGGCAGACAUGGCAAAAACAUGGUGGUGCAGGACAGACAACUAAAGAAGAAGAUGGCAGCAUUGUAGGAAGAAAAAUACCAGCAGAAAGAGCUCAAUCUUUCAAAGCAGAGAAGAAAAAAACUCUGAACUGGUUCCAAGGACGACAGUUUUCCAGGCAAGUGAGCCAAGAGUACAAUUACAUCAAUGGCACCGAGCACUCGGCUGCAGUUGCCGCAGCAGCAUUUGCCAUUCACUCGCUCCAAGAGUUGAGCAUGAGAGAUGAGAACAAGAGGCCUGAUGGGCUUGUCCCCUCUUUCACCAAGACCAAGAGUAGUAAAUCAGAAGAUACCAAAAACCGGGUACUAGAAUCUGGCAAAGCAUCGAAACGAUUCUCGGCAGAAGAUUCCAAAAAUCGAGCACCAGAAACCGGGGAAACAUCUAUGAAAUCCUCAGCUCCUAGCAAGGUUGCGCCGGUGACUAAAGCGGCAAGCGGCAAGGUGGCUGGCAAGGCAGUCAGCCCUACACCGUCCUUCAAACAGGCUCCAAGUUUUACAGGCACGGCCAGCAAAGCGCCUGAAAGUGCAUUACCCAUUCCUCCAUCUCCCAGACAAUCUGCAACCUCAUUGCCACCAACAGACCUCAAGAGCCAGGAUUCAAAAAGAUCUGGAAUGGAUGAUGAUACACGGGCCGAUGUUUGGGAGAAAACCGAGCUCACCAAGAUCAAUGAACGGUAUGAAAAGUUGAAGACUACGAUCCGUGAGUGGGAGACUAAGAAGAAGGAGAAAGCGAAGCGGCGACUGGAAAGAACGGAGAGGCAAGUGGAGCGGAAAAAAACCAAGGCCUCGGAGCAUUACAGAAGCGAGAUGAAAAGAGUGGAGGAAAUUGCACGAGGAGCAUUAGCUCAAGCAGAGGAACACAAGAGAAAUGAAGAGUUGAAAGUGAAAGACAAGGCCAACAAAAUCAGAUUAACGGGCAGGAUUCCAGCAGCCUGUUUGUGCUUCUAGCCGCGUUUAUAACAAAAUUAAAGGGGUUCCCUGCUCAACGGCCUGGCAUUGCAUGUAUAUUUCUGUUAGAAAUUGACAAUAAAUCAUACAUACAAGAACCAGUCCUAAUCACGCUAUAUAGCAUUAUCUUGUGUAUAAGUAGAAUCCAUUGCUAAAGAAGAAAACCAGAAAAAUAACUGUAUAUGCAAGAUAGGAAACUGCCUUCUUCCCCAGUGUGCCAAAAUAUCACGUCAAGCGGUUUCAAUGGGGCAACCACAAUAAUAUAUUAGGGUGAAGGCAGGGGCCUCUCCUUGUGUUGGGUCAUGGAUAGUCCAGCCCAUUAUGGACUAUCCACUCACAAGGCCCAUAACAGGAUCUCUUUUAAUUGGUCUAAGUGCUAUA